CUUGAUCAUGCAACUUGGGCAGAGCACGACUCACUUCACGACCAAAGCCCUUCCUCGAGCCAUAUCGACCGCCCAUACCAUGCUACGUCCAUAGUGCCCGCACAGCGAUCAACACCAUGAUAGCUCGAGCCUCGCCUAUACCUUUGUGCGCGAAACAUCCAGGCGCCGCCGUCCUUCGUCCGACCUCCACAUCGCGAUAACCCACGACCGCCGCCAUGUUCGAAAAGGACAUUUACCAACUCAUCCGCGGCCUACGGGCCCACAAAGGCAACGAACGCGAAUACAUCCAACUCUCCCUCCAAGAAUGUCGCAAAGAAAUCAAGAGCCAGGACAUGGACCAGAAAGCCACAGCGCUCAUGAAACUCGUCUAUUUGGAAAUGUUCGGUCACGAUAUGUCCUGGGCUUCUUUCCACGUCCUGGAAGUCAUGAGUAGUGCGAAAUAUCUGCAGAAACGAGUGGGAUACUUGGCAGCUGUGCAGUCGUUUCGUCCGGAUACGGAGGUCCUCAUGUUGGCGGAGAAUCUGCUGAAGAAGGAUGUGCAGAGUUCGGAUAAAGUUGUGAUUCAACUUCCUUUGGGGGCGAUUCCGCAUGUGAUUAGUCCUUCGAUGGCGUGUAGUUUGUUGACGGAUCUUUUGCCACGGUUAUCGCAUUCUUUGCCUGCGAUUCGGAAGAAGACGAUUGUGACGCUUUAUCGAUUGGCGCUGGUUUAUCCGGAGACACUGAGGCCUGCGUGGCCGAAGAUUAAGGAGAGGUUGUUGGAUGAGGGCGAAGAUCCGAGUGUUACGGCGGCGAUUGUGAAUGUUGUGUGUGAGUUGGGUUGGAGACGGCCGGCGGAUUUUUUGCCUUUGGCUCCGAGGUUGUUUGAGCUGCUUACUGCUGGCGGGAACAAUUGGAUGGCCAUCAAGAUUAUCAAGUUGUUUUCUGUUCUGACGCCGCUGGAACCGAGGCUGGUCAGGAAGUUGUUGCCGCCGUUGACGAGUAUUAUCAAGACUACGCCGGCGAUGAGCUUGUUGUAUGAGUGCAUCAAUGGCAUUAUACAAGGUGGAAUCAUGGAGGCUGCAGAGGGCACAACGGAAGGUGACGAGAUUGCGAGGUUGUGUGUGAACAAGCUCAGGGCUAUGCUGGUCAUCGAAGGAGAUCCGAAUUUGAGAUAUGUGGCGCUAUUGGCUUUCGUGAAGAUUACGAGCAGUCAUGCAGAUCUGGUGGGACAGCAUCAGGAUGUCAUUCUGGAAUGUAUCGACGAUGCUGAUAUCUCCAUCCGGACAAGAGCACUGGACUUGGUUGUGGGCAUGGUAAAUGCGAACAACUUACAGACUGUUGUCGAGAGGCUACUGAAACAAUUGAGAACUGCUGGAAGAGCCUCGGUGGUAGACGAGCCAGAGAAUGACCGGGCUAUGCAUGACGGGAUCGUGCCUAUGGCGAUGGAAGACGACGAUGACAUGCAAGCUCCGGCCAACCCUAGGCAGCCCAAGUCGACACAAGCACCUCCUCUUCCAGAUGACUACCGGACAUUAGUCAUUGAGCGGAUACUGGAGAUGUGCUCGCAUGAGAAUUAUGCGAACAUGAACGACUUCGAGUGGUACAUCGGCGUCUUACUGGAGCUGGUAAAGCAGUGUCCUUCGACAUCAAAUAUUGCGGAUCGCAUAGGUGCUGAGCUCCUCAAUGUGGCUGUUCGCGUGAAAGCAGUUCGUCCGGAGGCGGCCGCUGCUGCAGAGGCAUUGCUGCUCAUCGAUCAACGUGAAAAGCUGUUCCCAGCUGGGAGCAGCAGUGGUCAAGGCGUUUUGACGUCUGCAGCUUUCAUUGCGGGCGAAUACGCGAAUAUGUUGCCUGACCCAGAGUCGGUCCUCACGUCACUGCUACAUACUUCCAGCGCCCAGCUACCCGCAGAUCCUUUGGCAAGCUAUCUACAAGCAGUACCAAAGAUCUUUGCCUGCUUGACCGGGAACCAGGAGGUUGCGUGGACCUCAACGAGGAAGAACACUACAACACUGUGGACGUCACGAAUCAUUCACUUUCUAGAGCCUCUGACCCUGCAUCCAAGUCUGGAAGUGCAAGAGCGGGCAGUGGAGUACCUCGAUCUCAUGCGACUUGCAUCGGAAGCUGCCUCGAAUCAGCAAACUGACGCAGACGAAGGCUACUCUGAGCCACCACUACUACUGACACAGGCGAUUCCGGCACUUUUCUCGGGCAUGGACCUCAACCCUGUUGCGGCUUCUGCACUGAGGAAUGUACCGAAACCUGAAGACCUUCAGCUCGACGAACCGAUAAACAGUAACCUCCAGUACCUCCUCAGCCAGGCGGAAUAUGACAAAGAUUAUGAAGAUGCCAACGAUGAAGUUUACAGAUAUUACCAUGAAAAGCCGUCGGCAGUGGCAACGGCGCUAAGCAGCAGCUCGAGGCCCGCUGCAGAGAUGCUGGAACCAGGACCUGAGCGGGCUACUUCAUACCAGGAUUCUGAUGCGGAUGUUGAUCGAGAGAGCUUGCUGCGCAAGAAAGCAGAGCGGAGGGAACGGUACAAGGAUGACCCGUACUACAUCGAUUCAGAACGCGGCUCUGGCACUUCCACACCGAUGCACAACAUAUUGAAGAACGCGAAUGGUGAAGAUUUGAACGUGGACGACAUCCCAGUCAUGGAGCUAAAACUCGACGCACGAGAUACUCAGGAGCGAGGACGAGCUUCUCCUCAACCUGCGGCGAGAAGAAAGCCGAAGAAACAUUUCGAGGUCGCUGCAGAUGAGACGCUGGGCGGCGAUAACGGCACACCACCUUCAUUCUCAUCAAGUCCUGCGAAGAAUCCUUUCAAUCUCACAGCAUCUCGAGGUCCGAAAUCUUUGCUGCAAGUCGACAGCAGUGGGUUGUCCUCUCUCUCCCUGAACGACGAGCCUGGUCCCGCGAAUGGUCUGCACAGCCGACAUGACUUCGAGCGCCGACAAGCUGAAGAAGAAGAAAUGCAACGCGCGAUCAAGGAAGUUGAAAGACUGAGACUUGAACUUCAGCGAAAGCAAGAAAUGAUCGGUGAACCGGAUGAUGAAGGGGGGAUGGUUGUUAAGAGGAAGAAGACGAAGAAGAAGGCUGUUGUUGCGUUGCAGGGGGAUGAUGAAGAGCAGAGUGUUGCUACAGCAGAAAAUUUAGAAGGUGAACAGGUCGUGAAGAAGAAACGGAAGAAGAAGAAGUUACAGGAUGUGGGGCAGGAUGUGGUCGGCGAAGAGAAGACCGUUGUUGGAGAGGAGCAAGAAGGCGAAGCGAAACCUGUGGUUAAGGUAAAACGGAAGAAGAAACGGCAGGUUGAUUUAGGGUAGUAGUGGCUAGGUGAAAUAAGAUGAAUAUGAGUACUGAAAUCCACCA